AUGAGUUCUCUUUACAGUUUGCUGGAUGGCUCUUCUGAUAAUUCAAAAUUUGAAGAUGACUGUCGUGCUAUUAUUGGAACUCAGUCGUAUGUCUUGUUCACGAUAGACAAGCUGAUAUAUAAACUUGUUAAACAGCUUCAAGCUGUUGCCAUUGCUACUGAUGAGAUGGAUAGCAAACUUCUUCAACUAUAUGCAUAUGAGCAAUCAAGAAAACCUGGAAGCUUUGUGGAUAUAGUUUAUCAUGAAAAUGCACGUGUUCUUCUUCAUGAUGAGAACAUAUAUCGUAUUGAGUGUUCGUCUACACCGCCCCGAUUGUCUAUUCAGUUGAUGGAUUACGGACACGAUAAGCCUGAAGUGACUGUUGUGUCAAUAGAUCCUAAUUUUUCAGCCUAUCUGCACAACGACUUCUUAUCUGUUGUCCCCGACAGCAAGGAGAAAUCCGGAAUUUUCUUAAAAAGGAAUAAGCUAAAAUGUGCUUGGAGUGAUGAAUUUCCAAACCAGAUUAUGGAUGGAGUACAAGUUACCAAUGGUCUGGAAUGUAAGAUUGCUUGCAAUUCAUCCAAGGUUUCAUACGUUUUAGAUACAGAAGACUCUCUAUUUCGAACAAAACGGAAAAGGAGAAUUUUGUAUCCGAACAAUUCUUAUCAUGAACAGACAACGUCGUCUUCAAACAUUUGUUCAAGAAGAACACAGCGGUUCUGCAAAUUAUUUUCCGUCAAAUGA